UUAUUAUUAUCAGAAUUAAAUUGAUUUUCAGAAUGGCGUCUUCAAGUGAAGAGGAAUCAACAAGAACACUUAUGGACCUUUCCCAACAUGAAGUUGGUUUGUUAAUGCAACAAUUGAUGGAGGAGAGAAACUCAGAACCACUAUUGUUUGAUGUUUCUCAAACACACAUGUGGGACCCCUUGAGAAACAGAGAAAGAGAGUUAGACACUACAACAUCCGAUACAGAUUCUGAAUAUGAGUAUGAAGAAACCCAGGAUUUGCAAGGACUACAGGAAAAGUCAUGGUGUUCUUGUGGAAAUUGCAUAUUGAUGCCCACAGUUGUCGAGAGCAUAUGUUGCCAAGAAAGUGAUAAGGUCCGCUUCCAUAUCCCCGAAGGUGGAGCAUGUAUCUGUGAUAAUGAAUAUAGCUCGGACAUUAUUAAUAGGGAACAUCUGGAACGACUGAACAAAUAUACCAACAGCAAUGGACCUAUGCGGUUUGCCGGUGGUCAAGUCCUGACUGAAAGAGCCUAUAGAAAAAUAGCAUACAGAGCCUAUUCGACAUGGAUUCAUGACUACCUUGGUCCAAAAGAGAGGAAACCGAUACCAUCUUGCAUGGUUAAGAGUAUCCGACUCGCUUUUCCGGCACCCGAUAAUGUCUACGUAGGCUUCCAUUACGCAGAUGAGGAUGGCCCGGCAUUUGAAAUGAUUCUAGAUUAA